UACUAUUUUCUCAUCAAGUCAAUGAUAAUUAUUGGUCUUCCUCUUUCUCUUGUUCAUUCACCAAAGCAGUGAGUUUAGUGGUUUUGGUUUCUUUCGGAAAGUUUGAGCAAAGAUGGGAGGCUGUAUAUCACUAGAUAUACCAUGUGAUCAAGCCCUGAAUCAAACCUGCAGCUGCUUAUUUGGUGAUAGAAAUUACAUUCACAUGAUGAAGGCUAAUCUUGGCGCUCUGGAGACAGCUAUGCAAAAACUUAGAGAAAGUCGAGAUGAUCUGUUAACAAGAGUUUCCAUUGAAGAAGAUAAAGGUUUGGUACGGCUUGCUCAAGUAGAAGGAUGGUUGUCAAGGGUAGCAAGUAUUGACUCUCAGGUCAGUGAUCUCCUUAAGGAUAAACCAACUGAAACGAAAAGAUUGUGUGUUUUUAGAUAUUGUUCAACAAAGUGCAUAUCAAGUUGUGAGUAUGGUAAAAAGGUAUCGAAGAAGUUGAAAGAAGUUAAUGAGCUUAAAUCUGAAGGAGAUUUUAAAGAUGUGGCCGGAAAAAGGCGUGCAGCAAAGGUGGAGACGAAACGUAUCCAAACAACAGUAGGUUUGGAUUCGAUGGUUGAAAAGGCAUGGAACAGCAUCAUGAAACCUGAACGAAGAACGUUAGGUAUCUAUGGCAUGGGGGGAGUUGGAAAAACAACCCUCUUAACCCAUAUCAACAACAAAUUGGAGAAAGAGGUGAAUGGAUUUGAUGUUGUGAUAUGGGUUGUGGUCUCUAAAGAUUUGCAAUACAAGGGCAUUCAGGAUCAGAUUCUACGAAGAUUACGUGCUGACCAAGAAUGGGAAGGGGAAAGAGAGGAUGGGAAAGCAUCUUCCAUAGACGAUAUCCUAGGAAGAAAGAAAUUUGUUCUGCUCUUAGAUGAUCUGUGGAGCGCGGUAGAUUUGAACAAGAUUGGAGUUCCACGUCCAACUCAAGAAAAUGGAUCGAAGAUAGUUUUCACCACUCGUAAAAAGGAAGUUUGCAGACACAUGAGAGCUGAUGAUAAGUUGCAAAUUGAUUGUUUGCCAGCGAAUGAAGCGUGGGAACUGUUUCGAAGUAUAGUUGGAGAAGACACAUUAAAGCUGCAUCAGGAUAUUCCCGCACUUGCAAAGCAAAUUUGUGAAAAAUGUUAUGGCUUGCCACUUGCACUCAAUGUGAUUGGCAAAGCUAUGUCAUGUAAAAAGGAUGUACAUGAAUGGCGUCACGCAAACAAGGUUCUCAAAACGUCGAGCCACGAGUUUCCAGGUAUGGAAGAAAAGAUUCUUUCAGUUUUGAAGUUCAGCUAUGAUGGUUUAAAGGAUGAAAAGGUGAAAUCAUGCUUCCUAUACUGUUCUUUGUUCCCGGAAGAUUAUGAAAUAAAGAAGGAGGAGUUGAUAGAGUAUUGGAUCAGCGAAGGAUUUAUAAAGGGAGAGAGAGAUGAAGAUGGAAGUAACAACGAAGGUUAUGAUAUAAUUGGUUCGUUAGUUCGUGCGCAUCUAUUGAUGGAGUGCGAUACUAAAUCUUUUUUCCAAUUUGGAUUCAUACCUGCGGUGAAAAUGCAUGAUGUGUUACGUGAAAUGGCUCUUUGGAUAGGAAAAGAGGAAGAAAAGCAGUGCGUCAAAUCCGGGGGGAAGCUAUGCCGUAUACCAGAGGACAUCAACUGGUCAGUUUUGAGAAGGAUCUCGUUGAUGAGUAAUCAAAUUGAAGAGAUAUCCUGCUGCCCUGAGUGCCCCAACCUUUCGACUCUAUUUCUCCGCGAUAACAAGUUGGAGGAGGGUAUACCAGGUAAAUUCUUUCAGUUUAUGCCAGCCCUUGUCGUCUUGGAUCUUUCGCGUAACCGCACUCUUAGGGAAUUGCCGGAAGAAAUUUGCAGCUUGAUUUCCUUGCAAUACCUCAAUUUAUCACGCACAUGUAUAAGUUCGUUACCAGUUUGUUUGAAGGGGUUGAGGAAACUAAUAAGCCUGGACCUGGAGUUUAGCAGGCUUAAAAGCAUUGAUGGGAUAGGAACAAGCUUACCAAAUCUUCAGGUGUUGAAACUAUAUUUUUCUAGUGUUUUUAUUGAUGCAAGAUCAAUUGAAGUGCUACAACUUUUAGAGCACUUGAAAAUUUUAACAGGAAACGUGAAAGAUGCUUUAAUGUUGGAAAGUAUCCAAAGAGUUGAGCGAUUGGCCAGUUGUGUUCAAUGCCUUUGGAUUUCCGAAAUGUCCGCAGAGGUUUUAACAUUAAACACAGUAGCUCUGGAUGGUCUUCGAAAACUUGAUAUUGAGUCUUCCAAAAUCUCAGAGAUAAAGAUAGAUUGGAAAAGCAAAGAGAAAGAAGAUCUUCUAUGCAACAGUUCUCCAUACUUCAAGCACCUCUCACGUAUUGCUAUAUUUGGUUUGGAAGGUCCAAAAGAAUUGAGCUGGUUAUUGUUUGCUCCAAAUCUCAAGCAUCUAGAAGUGUCAAUUUCAGGAAGCAUAGAAGAAUUAAUAAAUAAGGAGAAGGGAAUGAGUUUUAGAAAUGUGCAUCCUGAGAUGACAGUUCCCUUUCCGAAGCUAGAAUCCCUAGAUUUAAGUUAUUUGCCGGGUCUAAAGAGAAUAUGCUCAAGUCCUCCUGCUCUUCCACACCUGAAAAAUAUUAUUGUCAAAGACUGCCCAAACCUACCCAAAGCUGCCAUGAAGUUUCCGAGGCACGAAUAGGAAUGAUGAAGUUGAUGAAUGAGGCUCCGAAAGCCCCAUUACAUAUGUCAUAUGUGUGUGAGUGUAUCCUCUCAGUUUCUUAAACUUGGUUUUGGUUUUAUUGUUCUGCUUUUGCUUGAAUGUCAUUGUUGUAUUUCUCAAAGCUGUAAACUUUUCAUUGUUGCAUUUCCACUUCUCUCCAGUUUGUAACCAUUUGAUACAUUUUCCUCAAAGCUUUCACUUGUGUGUGUGUUCCAGUU